AUGUGUAUUGAUUACCAGCAGUUGAAUAAGGUUACAAUCAAGAAUAAGUAUCCAUUGCCGAGGAUCGAUAAUUUGUUUGAUCAGCUUCAGGGUGCUAAGGUGUUUUCAAAGAUUGAUUUGAGAUGUGGAUACCAUCAGUUGAGGAUUAGGGCAUCUGAUGUUCCUAAGACAGCUUUCCGCACUCUGUACGGGCAUUAUGAGUUCCUGGUCAUGUCAUUUGGGUUGACCAAUGCCCCAGCAGCUUUUAUGGAUUUGAUGAACCGAGUGUUCAGGCCUUAUUUGGACUCGUUUGUGAUAGUCUCCAUUUAUGAUAUUUUGAUAUAUUCCCGUAGCCGGGAAGAGCACGAGCAGCAUCUUAGAGUGGUUCUUCAGACCUUGAGGGAUAGUCAGUUAUAUGUUAAGUUCUCGAAGUGUGGAAUCGCGUUCGCGGUGAGUAAGGGAUCAAGGUCUUCGUGUUCACGAGCUGGGAGUCGUGAUUGCGAUGAAGGAAAUUUUGGUCAACUUGAGUUUGUGCUUCGCGAACGCAAGGCUUUGACCGCGUUGGCAAAGAAGGAUUGGAUACCUGAGCAGAAUGUUUAA